UUAGUAUGCUGGGGAAAAGAUGUGGUAAACCACUUUUGGUACUGUGCAAAGAAUUGUGAAGGAAAUGUGGAUAAAAUGAAGGCGUAUUGGAGGGGGGGUGCUUCAUCAUGUGGUCAAUAGACAUCAAUGGAUAAGUGGUGAUGGCUUAAUCGAAACAAAAUGUCUCCAUGAGCCACUUUCGCCCGAAUACAACAAAGAUAAAUGGUUGAAACCAGGAUCAAAGCAACACAUGGCAUUAGAAAAAAUUGUUUUAAAUUCACGAUUUUUGAAGACUUUGCCUUAUUUCGUGAACUUUAGUCCACCUGCAUACAAUGCCCAUUGCCUUCUUGCAGCUAUUGACUUUAACAGUCAUAAAAAUAGAGAAGGAUGCUAA